UUGCUUGCAGUAAUUUCACUUCCAGUAACAAAUCCAACGGCUAAAGAUGACACCAAGGUGAUGAAGUGCAUUGUUGAAGUCAUCUCGGAUACAGUCUCAAAGCCAACUCCACUCCCAAUCAGCCCAGAAUGCCUAGAAAUCCUUCAAGGAGAUGAAAGGAUCCGUUCCAUUCUUCGUCAUCAAAACUUACUAAAGGAACUGCAGGAGAUUGCAAUCCAAGGAGCCAGUGAAAGGACGGAGCAACAGAAGAAAAACAGCGGUUUCGAAGAUGAGCUUUCUGAAGUCCUUGAAAGCCAAAGUAACAAGAAUACAGAAAGAGAUCUAUCAGAAGGGGCCCCUAAUGAAGAGCCCACCAGCUCUUUCGUGGAGCUAGAGACCGAGAGAAGUCAGAUGGACAGUGAAAGGGAUGCUUCGAAAGAGGAUGAGGGCAACAGCUUGGAAGAGAGAGAGACGAGAGCUCGAGAAGUUGACCCUGAAGACGGAAAGGAGAAUGUUGCCGGAUUUGAAAGCAAUGAAGCUGGCGAGACUGAAGAAUUGGCUUGGGAUGACGCUGUCGACAAUCAUAUCCGUGACGACCUCGGAGACGACAGGAUACGUGAGCGGGGACGUCAGGAGGGCAAAGAACCCGCAGGGAGAGGGGAGGCAGAUGCGUUUGAGGAGAAGAAGCAUGUUUCUAGAAACAGUCAAGAGGAGAGCCGUGAAGAAGCAGAGGACACUAUCCAAGACCAUGCUGAAGAUGAAGAGGAGGAGGAAGAGGAGGUGGAGGAGGAAGAAGAGGAAGAGAGAGGGACCUCUGAAGAGGAACAUGCUGCUAAUUUAGAGGAUGAGGAUGAACAAAAGGAAAUUGAAAAUGAAGGCAGUAAGGGUUUUGAAAAGGAUGACAAACCUUUGGAAGAGAGAGAGAAAUACCGUAGCAUGAAAGGAGGGAGGCGUCACUCUCUCGAGGAAACCAGGCAGGCUGAAGACCCUUCCCGCGCCAGAGAUACUGAACAUGAUGAAAUGGAAGAGGAGCCCUCCAGAGAUUUAGAAGAUGCCAAGAGGUGGAACAAAAUGGAUGAGCUGGCCAAGCAACUGACCACGACGAAGCGUGCAGAGGAGAACGAAAGCAACGAAGACCCAGAUCAGUCCAUGAAACUGGCACUCCGGUCUCGCAAGUAUGACUUUCGCAACCCUGAAGAUGAGAUGAGGAGCCCCCAGGCGCACCACUCGAAAGAGGACACCAGCGAAGGAGGCUUCCCGGUUGUUGCCUUGCCUGAGGAGAAAAAGGAUGAAGAAGGCAGUGCGAACAGAAGAACAGAGGAGCAAGAGCUGGAAAGCUUGGCGGCAAUCGAAGCAGAGCUGGAGAAAGUGGCCCAGAAGCUCCACGCCCUACGGAGAGGCUGA